CCAACGUUAAACCGACCUCUACCAACCACGGGGACACAUCAGAAGAACCGAGUCACCGUGAAUUCAAUUCACAGCUCUUUUAUCGGGUGAGCGUGCCCCAGUGACAGUCCGUUCUCCCCGCGGUUAUGAGACUCCGCUGGUCCGGGGGCGUACUGCUGUCGGUGGCGGCUGCAUACUACGUCUAUACUCCGUUACCGAGUACCGUGAACGAGCCCUGGAAGCUCAUUCUGCUGGACGCGCUGUUCCGGAGCUUCAUACAUGCGGGUGAUGCGGCCCAAGCUCUAGGUGUCUGUCACAGUGUCCAUAUGUUGAACUCUGUGGUGUCUCGGUUGGAGGUGAUAGAGCCAUGGUCUAGUCCUACUGUACGUGUCACUGACUCCACCUUGGGGGGCGUGCCCGCACGAGUGUUCCAGCCAGUUGGAGGAGGAGCCAAGCUCAGGAGGGGAGUGCUCUACUUCCAUGGCGGGGGAUGGGCCCUUGGCAGCGGACGAAUGAGAUCUUAUGACCUGCUGUGUAGGAGGAUGGCUGAAGAGCUGGAUACAGUCAUUGUGUCGGUUGAUUACCGCUUGGCCCCGGAGGCAGUGUUUCCAGACCAGUACCAUGAUGCUCUAGCAGCGUCCAGAGCCUUCCUGUCCCCAGAGGUCCUGCAGCGCUACAGGGUCGACCCAGCCAGGGUGGGGGUGUCUGGAGACAGCUCUGGGGGGAACCUCGCUGCAGCCGUGGCCCAGCGGAUCUCUGCAGAUGACAGUAUGAGUGUGAAGUUCAGUAUCCAGGCGUUGAUCUACCCAGUCCUCCAGGCUCUAGACCUCAACACCCCGUCCUACCAACAGAACCACAACGUACCCAUCCUGCACCGACACCUCAUGGCCAGGUUCUGGCUAAUGUACCUGGGGGCUGAUCCCUCUCUCCUCCCUCAUCUCCUCUCCUCCCCUUCCUCCCUCCUCCAUCCCUCCAUCCCUCCAUCCAUCCGUUCUCAUCUCAACUGGACCGCGCUGCUCGCGGCCAAACACCAAAAGCACUACCGGCCCGUUGGCAUGGAGACUGGGUCGCGGGAGGUCACGGGGGAAGUGCCGGGGUUGGUGGAUGUUCGAGCGGCGCCGUUGCUUGCAGAACAGGGGGUUCUAGGUAGAACGCCGCGAGCAUACGUGAUGACGUGUGAGUUCGACGUUCUGAGGGACGAUGGGUUGAUGUACGCCAGGAGACUACAGGACGCGGGCGUCACGGUUACCAGUGUUCACUAUGACGACGGUUUCCACGGCUGCAUGGUCUUCUCCUUCUGGCCGUUUUGGUCCUCCGUUGGCCAGAGGAGUCUGGACAACUACAUCCAGUGGCUAGACCACAACCUCUAGAACAGUCAUACUCAACAGGCGGACCGCAGUCUGUAUCCGGACCCAGAAGAGGGUCAAUACGGACCGCGGGUCUAAAAUCUAUUUUUAUUUUUAAAGAAAUCAGUCAGGCUUUUAACUUACUGCUGUUGAGUAGGUCUCAUGGGCAGAUUAUGUGCCCAGGGGCCUCGACCCCAAGGGGGCCCCCAUUUUUGAUUUUGUUGAGUCACUCAGGUAUCAUAUGAACACACAUAAGAAGACAUGGCAAAAUGUGUAGAAUUGCAGGAAAUUAGCUUUAAAACUGCAACAGUUUCUCUCACCCCAUGGCAAAAUGUGUGGAAUUGCAGGAAAUUAGCUUUAAAACUGCAAUGUUUUCUCUCCACCAGCAGGAGGGGUGUGAAUUGUUUGAACAGUUUGGAGUUACAUGUGUUGCGAAGGGCGGGUUUGUUACUAUGCCGACAAAUGACAAUAUCUAUCCGGACCUUUGCCACUUUGGAAAUUUGUGUGACCAGACCAUCUCAAAUAGUAGUUGAGUACCCCUGCUCUAGAACACCACAGAACCCUAUGAAACCCAAGUUAUGUUGAGAAUCAAAACUAUAGGAUCACAACCUAGAGCACCACUAGGACUAAAACGUCCAGGCAACCAGACAACCACACCUCCCAUGCCUCUUUCCUUCUGACUACCUAACUGAUCCUGUGGUUGUUCAAUGCAAAGGCAGUGAACUAUCAGCUGUCUAUGGAAACUGAUUAAAGCUUUGAAAGCUAACAGUCUGAUACACUGAAAGACUGACCAACAUACACAGCUGUGUGGAAUCCCUGGGUUGUGCAAUAAUAUGUUGUAUUUAUUUAUUUGACCAUUCCAAGCUUAGGGAAGCAGGCAGAAGAGAGCCCAAAACUACAGUCCCUGAUGAACAGUGUUUUACCAGGGUAUAGGACCACUGAGAGAGAAUCUGACACAGACAGGCUGAAAAGGCUUUUUUAGAGAUAUUAUUUUAGAAAUUAAGUAACUCACUGGGCAAAAAUAAUUGAAUCAACGUUUUUUCCACUUUAAAAAAUAAUAAUCUAUGUGAUGACGUUGACUCAACGUGGAAAACUGAUUGGAUUUGCAAAAAGUCGUCAAC